CCAUUUUGCAUGCUAAGAUCAUAUACAUCAUAUACAGGAUUGAAAACUUGGGCGCUUGAUUGGAUACUCUUUGCAACUGUAGUCUAUCAUUUGCUUAUAUCUCCCUACACCAAAGUCGAAGAGUCCUUCAAUUUGCAUGCGGUACACGAUUUGAUUAAUUAUGGAAUUUACGAUGUACCUCAUUUCGACCACAAAGAGUUUCCGGGCGCUGUCAAACGAUCAUUUGUUGGUUCAUUGAUGAUAUUUAUAGUAUCUAAGCCUUUGUUGACAAUCGUCGACAUUUUAGAUGCUUGGAUUCCAUCCUCAUCAUUUUAUCAUAAGGAUACGCAGUUAGUUCGCCAAAUCACUGUGAGAUUUGCCCUUGGAUUAGUUAACUUGAUCACUUUUAUAAAGCUGCGAGGAGCAAUCUUCAAGAGCGUCAGAUUGUCUGUCCAUGGCGAACGUAUUCAACUUUGGUUUUCCAUACUUCAAUUUUCCCAAUUUCACUUCUUUUAUUAUGCAUCUCGUACACUACCAAACUUUGUUGCGAUGCCCAUGGUUAGUACAGGUAUCUCAUGGAUUCUGCAGGGACGUACUACAUCCGGAAUUUGCAUAAUCAUGGCAACAGGUAUCAUCUUGAGAACUGAGAUUUUAGCAUUUGGCAUUUUAAUUUACAUAAUAGCCAUUGCAUUAAGGGAGUUGAAGUUAAGAAACACCUUUCCUAAACUAUUGGCAACUUCAAUCAGCGCAUCAGUGGUGACGAUGCUAGUUGAUACAUACUUUUGGCAAGAACCUUCUUUUCCCGAAUUGGAAUCAUUUUACUUCAACGUAAUAGAGGGCAAAUCUGCACAAUGGGGAACUGAACCUUUUCACUCAUAUCUGACCAAGUAUGUCCCCAAGCUUUUUAUUCUACCAGUUGUCCCUUGCUUGGCAUUCUUCGGAUUAUUCGUACCUUCAUAUCACUCAACUAAAGCAAAGAUUAUCAUAUUUUCCUCUUGGGCGUAUAUAUUACUGAUGUCGAUUCAACCACAUAAGGAGUGGAGAUUCAUCAUUUAUUCUUCACCAGGUAUUUUAUUGUCAGCCUCUUGUUUUCUUGCCAAAAUCGAACCAAGAACUAGAUUGUUGAAGAGUAUUAUGUUCACGCUAGUUUGUUUGGUGAUAUUAGUCUCUUACAUUCUGAGCAUUUUUGCUGGUUUUGUGUCGAGUUUCAACUAUCCUGGUGGCUAUGCAUUGCAGCUAUUGAAUGAUAGACUGUCUACUGUCGUGAAUUCGUACCCAAACAGCGAUCCAAUCAUGAUACAUUUGAAUGUGAAGUCUCGUAUGACCGGGGCUAGCUUAUUUGGCGAAAUCAGAUCCAAUUCCCUAAUAUAUGACAAGACUGAAGAUGAAAUGAAACUGAAUGACAAAAGGUUUUGGCAACAAUUUUCGUACGUGAUAUCCGAUUGUGCUUUUGAAUCAUGUUCUUUUUCUCCUUUUGAGAAUGAUACAUGGAGUAUAAUUGACACCGUUGAGGGAUACCACGGCUUUGAUAAGCAGCGACUGGUGGAUGAUCUUGGGCUGUUUCUACGAACACCUGCUGGAUCUAUCAGCUUCAUUACUCAGAUCGUCAAAAGCCAUAACCUACAGUUUAUCUAUGAUCUGUCCAAAAGGUAUAUCGUCCUAUACCCAACACUUUGUAUUUACCGCAAGACAGGGAUAGACAGUACUUCCGAUCUUAUGGCCGCAAAAAGCUCAUAACCUUCUAUAUCUUGGACCCUUAAUUGCGAACAAAACCUUGUUUCGAUAUUUGAAGAACAUAGUGGCCAGUAGAAUAAAAAAAAGGAAAAAUGGUAAUAGGACCAUGUGCACUCUAGAGCUGUGCUCCAGCCCUCCAUGAUACUGUAUUUCAUCUGGCACCUGACGGUCACUAGUAGGGCUUAUCGAUAAUGUUUCUGUUGAUGUGGUCAUGGAAGGACCACCUGUGACCUCUGUGGAGAAGUGAGGCUUAGAGAAGCUAUCUUCGGAAACCUGUGAUGUAGGGCUUUCUCGGAUUUCUUCAGCAACUGGAUUGAGAGCUUGUGACACUUCUUUUCCAACCAAUUCUUCGGUGGGCCUCAAAUUUUGACGCUCGGCAGUCUCUAUGUUGUUGUCCCUCAGAUCAUCAGUAAUUUCCCUUUUGAUACUCAAUAUCGUGACAUUAGUCAAUGGACGAUCUUUGCUAUCUUUAGCAACUCUUUGUAUUGCGCUCAGAGUUUCAAAACCCUCAGUAAGUUGACCAAAUACCACAUUUUUACCAUCCAAAAAUUCAGUUGGAGCCAAAGUGAUGAAGAAUUGUGAUCCUGCAGUGUCAGGUCCUGAGUUUUCCAUUGAAACCCUUCCUACCCUGUCAUGCUUUAAAUUAAAAUUGUCGUCAGGGAGGGACCCCUGCACCUUCCCAUACAUGGAGUAUCCCCCGGUACCAUCAUCAUUUUCAGCGUCACCUCCCUGUAUCAUAAAGCCAUUAAUAACGAGAUGGAACGUCGUGUUCGUAUAUUUGGUUUCACAUGAAUCAUAAAAGUUUUUGACUGUUUUGGGAACCACAGAUCCAAAAAGGCCUAGUGAUAAUUUUCCUAGGUAUUCAUCAUUUUGUUGAAUCUCCAAGUUAACUCUAUGGGUGAAUGCUGGAUCGUCAGCAUUAACUGUCGAAGUGACAG